AUGGCGUCCGAAUUCAUCGGCUACACCAUUCUUGUCACGCUGAAGAGUCCGCCGUGGUGGCCGAACACCCAGGUGCGCGGUGUCGUAGCAAACGUCGCGAACCAGAAGCUAUUUCUAACCGAUGUUUUACUGCUAUGGAAUAAUCAGCGGCUGGCUACCUAUACGCUCGAGUCCUCUUCGAUCGCCGACCUAGAAGUCGCACCAACUCAACCAGCGCAGGCCAAAGAGAAGGAAUUACCUACACGAGCUGUGACGGGCCAACUUGAGCAUCAGCCGAUCCCGAGUGUCUCUCAAACGCGGCAAAAUGAAUCUGCAUUCCUUGAUCCCGCCAUUGUCAGUUACACACAACCACCAGCCGCCCAAGCAGGUGCAGUACCUUCUAUGGUCAACCCGCCACAAACCGUUUCUCCGAUUAUGAUAGCCGACGGCGUCAUUAGCAGUCCUUCGACACAAGUGCCCAGGGAUGGCACCAUAGAAAGUAGCUCGGUUUCUAGCAUUGUCACUGCCGUGCCUAGCAAGGCGGAAAAGAGAAACCCGUCCGCGAGCGCAACGCUGACCGAGCCUUUCGAUGCAUUGCGUCUUGGAAAGAGCGUGGCCGGAGUGAGAACAGCAGUCAACCCGGCCAAUGAACCGAAGACUCGAGACACGCCAUCCCAAACUGGACCAGGUAUCAUUGACAUGAAAGAUGUGAACAAUGGCCCAUUGAAGAACCAAAAGAAGGCCGGAAAGGGCAAGGGAUGGCGGCAAACCCCCUUGAUCGAAGAGGUUCCCAGACCGAACAAGAAGAAGAAUGGCCAGCGCGGUCGUAAAACCAUCGAGGACGUCAAUGGGUGGGCUACUGAAGAUGCUACGGACAUCCAAGACCUGGGCGAUUUCGACUUCGAAUCGAACUUGUCCAAGUUCGACAAGCGACGGGUGUUUGAUGAUAUCCGGCAAGCAGACACCACAGCAGAAGCUGAUCGAUUGGUGAGUUUCAAUCGUAAAGCACGUCCCGGCACGAACGGGGGGCGAAACCUUCAUUUCACCGAGAACGUCCUUGACACGCCCGUUGCCAAGGACAAGGACCGGUGGAAGAGCGAGGCCGGCGAGACGGAAGAUGAGAUCCCUGAGGACCAGUACAGCAGUGGGAAAGGAUCCAAACGAGCUGGUUCCCUGCGGCCCCUGCAGUCCAGGAAAGGAAGCGUCAUUCCCGGACACCUUGAGCAGAACGGAUCACCGCGACCCAUGGGUCGAAUCCAGACGGCAUCACCUCUCAACGGCUCCAUCUCCGGUAUUCGGGCUUCGUUCAAACUGGCCAACAACAAACCAUGCUAUUGUCUCUCGCCGCUGCAGAUGUUGGAGAUUGAACAGUUGUGCACGUCGGAGCUGGGGUUGACGGAAGACAUGCUUUCGGAGAAUGCCGGGCGCAGCAUUGCCGUCGCCGUGCUCAAGGUUCAUCCCCAUGCCAAAAACGUGGUCAUCUUGGUGGGCAAUCACAAAUCGGGUGCCAGAGCCAUCGCGGCCGCACGGCAUCUGCGCAACCGUCGAUUGAGGGUGACGGUCGUCGUUCUCGGCGGCGAGCGGGAAGAUCUCCUACUCGAGGUCAUGCGGAAGCAGCUGGGCAUCUACCAAAAGGGCCAAGGCUACGUCGAUCGAUGGGACGAGUAUCAAGCCAAGGCAUCUGGCGGCGCCCCGGGUCCCGACGUGGUGGUCGAUGCCUUGCUGGGGGUCCACGUCACCUUUGAGGAACUGCGGACGGACGACCAGGCGACGGUGCUGGAGAUGAUCCGAUGGGCGAAUCGAACGUCCAGCGUCCUCUCCGUCGACGUGCCCACGGGCCUCUCGGCCACUUCGGGCUUGUCGACCGAGGUGGACGGUCAGGCGCUGGUCAUGGCCAGCAAACACGUUCUCAGCCUGGGCGCGCCCAAGACCGGGUUACUCCACGCCAUGGCCAUGGAGGGAUUCGAGCCGGCCUGGCAAGUCUGGGUGGCGGACAUUGGCAUUUCGGCAGCUGCGUGGCAGAAACAUGGAUCUCGACGGCACCACGGCAUGGACUUUGGGAGUGAAUGGGUCGUUUCCGUCAAGUUUGUUCUCGGGUCGUAA